CAACAGGGUCUCAGGUGUGCGCGCAAAAACUUGGCUCUCCUUGUAGCUUAGAUUAUUGUUUGUAUUAAAAAAGAUUAUUGCUUGUAUUAAAAAAGAUUAUCGCUUGUUUAAAGUAGAAUUAAAGGACAACACUGAAACACACCAACUACUAUGCGUAUGAGCUUUUGUCGUUUUGGAUUUUUCAACUGCCCAUAAUUGGACUGGAAAAGACGUUUGAAGUUCAACGGAAGAACACUGGCCCUUCCUCUUUCUUUGUUUCCUUCCCUUUCCUUGUCUUCCCUUCACCUUCAUCGACUUCGCAGUGUUCUCCCAAAGGAGGUUGAAGCUCGCAGCUAACUUCCUCGCAGCUUCCCUCGCUCAUAAGAUGCUUUCUUAUUAAAAGAAAAGAAACCCAGAGGCCAUGCCCUUCCCAGCUCUUUGAUCAGCCUGUUUACUUUUCCGGCACCCAAUCAAACGUCAGUCAUUCAAUGACAUACGACGUCUUCCUGAGUUUCAGAGGCGAGGACACGCGAUUCAACUUUACUGAUCAUCUGCACAGUAAUUUGACUCGGAAGGGAAUUAGGACCUUCAUAGAUGAUGGUCUUAAGAGAGGGGAAGAAAUAUCACCGGCCCUUCUCAGAGCGAUCGAAGAGUCGAAGAUUUCCAUCAUCGUGUUCUCCGAAAACUAUGCAUCUUCGAAGUGGUGCUUGGAUGAACUCGUCAAGAUCCUUGAGAGUAAAGAAACAAGGGAGCAAAUAGUUUGGCCUGUUUUUUACAAGGUGAAUCCGUCGGAUGUACGGCAUCAAAGGGGCAGUUUCGGUCAGGCACUUGCUGACUAUGAAUGCGAGUUCAAAGAUGACAUGGAGAAGGUGCAAAGAUGGAGGAGAAGUCUUACGAAAGCAGCCAAUCUGUCCGGAUGGUGUUUCAUGAACGGGCAUGAAUCAAAAUUUAUUGACAAUAUCGUUGAAGCGAUUUCAUUACAAGUAUUAAACCAUGCGUAUUUGAAUGUAGCAAAGUACCCAGUUGGAAUAGAGUCUCGUGUGCGCGAGAUAGAUAAGCUUUUGGGCGUUGGAGGAAACGAUGUUCGCAUGGUAGGGAUAUGGGGCACUGGUGGAAUAGGUAAGACCACAAUUGCUAAAGCUGUUUAUAAUUCCGUCGCCCAUAUGUUUGAAGGUAGCUGUUUUCUAGAUGAUGUUCGAGAAAGAUCAAUGCCGUAUGGAGGCUUAGGCAAACUACAAAGUAUUCUUCUUUCUGAGAUUCUAGGGGUGAAAGAAGUAGAGGUGACCAAUGUUGACAAAGGAAUCAAUAUGAUAAAGAAGAUGUUGAAUGGUAAGAAGCUUCUCUUAGUUCUUGACGAUGUGAAUCAUUUGGACCAAUUAAACAAAUUAGUUGGAGGGUCUGAUUGGUUUGGUUCAGGCAGCAGAAUUGUUCUAACGACAAGAGACAAGCAUUUGCUAAUUGCUCAUCAAGUCAAUCUAAUAUAUGAGGUUGAGAAGUUAAAUCAUUAUGAGUCCUUAAAGCUCUUCACCAGUUGGAAUUCAUUUUCAAGAAAUGGACACUUAAAAGAUGAUUAUGCGAAACUUGCAAACAAUGUAGUAGACUAUGCUGACGGUCUUCCAUUAGCUCUGAUGGUUUUGGGUUCACAUCUAUGUGGUAGAAGUAUUGAUCAAUGGAAAUAUGCAUUAGAUGGUUACAGAAGAGUUCCUAACCGAGAGAUUCAAGAAAUUCUCAAAAUAAGUUAUAAUGCACUAGAAGACGCGGUGAAGGAAGUUUUCCUUGAUAUUGCAUUUUUCUAUAAAGGUCUAGGCGAGGAUUAUGUGAUACAAAUGCUAGAAGGUUGUGACAUGAACCCUAAGUAUGAUCUUGAAGUACUCGUGGAAAAGGCUCUUAUAAAUAUUAUGGAAGAUGGCUGCAUUUGGAUGCAUGACUUGAUACAAGAAAUGGGUAAAGAAGUAGUUCGCCAAGAGUCACCAACUGAGCCCGGAAAACGUAGUAGGUUGUGGUUUCACGAGGAUGUUUACCAUGUUUUAACAGAAAACACAGGAACGGAUAAGAUCAAAGGUAUUAUGGUGAAGUUGCCUGCUGGGCUUGAGUCAGAUGAGGUAUGUUUGAAUGCUGAAAGCUUCUCAAAGAUGAAAAAUCUUCGACUUUUUAUAAAUCAUAAUGCGCGCUUGUCUGGAGAAGUUGAUUGUCUUCCCAAUGAGUUGAGGCUCCUUAUCUGGCCUGAAUAUCCGUCACAAUCUUUGCCAGCCAAUUUUAAUCCAAAGAAACUUGUUGGUCUUGCUUUGCCUCGCAGCUGCAUUUUACGACUGGAUUUGGAAUUCAAGAGUUUGAAAUUUAUAAAUGUGGAGCACAGCAAAUUCCUAAGAAAAACCCCUGACUUCUCUGGAGUCCCAAACUUGGAGAAGUUGAAUCUAAACUUUUGUACAAGUUUAGUUGAGCUUCAUCCUUCUGCUGGAUUCCUUCAUAAGCUUGUUAACUUGAGUCUUACGGGAUGCCGUAGUCUUACUCUGUUUCCAAGAAUUGUCAACUUGAAAUCUCUGCUGGAGUUGAAUCUUGACGGUUGCAUAAGUCUUGAGAAUUUUCCUGAAAUUAAGGGGAAGAUGGAAUAUUUGAAACACCUGGAUCUAUCAGAGACUUCCAUCAAAGAAUUGCCUUCAUCGUCAAUUCGACAUUUCACUCGUCUCGAGAAUCUGUAUUUAACCAGAUGUGAAAACCUUACAAAUCUGCCAUGCAGCAUUUAUGAGUUGAAGCACCUAAAGACAAUUUCUGUCCUUAAAUGCUCAAAAUUGUUUUCAUUUCCUAAAAUGGCGAAGUCUGAAGAUUCAAGGAGUGCAGAAUCACUUGUGACUCUUCAAGGAGGCAAUUUAGCGUUUCCCAACCUAUCUAAAUUCUAUGGAUCCAAUCUUUCAGACAUUGCCGAUUUCCUUCUGACUCUUGAUUGCAUGACCACAUUAACUAGACUUGAUCUAUCAGGAAGCAAUUUUGUUAGUCUUCCCGUAUGCAUUAAUAACUUUGUCAACUUGAUUGAUCUUCGGUUGGUUAGUUGCAAGAGACUUAGAGAAAUUCCAGAUCUUCCACAAGCAUUGCAACUUUUGGAUGUGAGUGAUUGCUUAUCAUUGGAAAGAGUUUCAAAAUUGUCCAACCUUUUGGAACGUAAAGAGUCUCAAAUGUUCUUGGGAAUGAGAUUGGCUAACUGUUGGAGACUGCGUAACAAUCUAGUUCGAAUUGCAAAGAAGAAAAAUAUGUUCAUAAAUCAAGUCAAUCUCUUCUCUCUCUUUCUCUCAUCUCUCCCAACUUUUGUCCAGGUUGAAUUUCCAGGAAGGGGAAUUCCAAAGUGGUUCAGUUAUCGUAAGGAUUUGAAGGAUCUUUGCGAAUGUCAAUUCUCUAUUAAAAUCCCUCAAAAUUUCAAUUGGGAGAACAAAGGAAUUUCUUUUUGUGCUUUUCUCGAAAAGACCAAAAAUAGGUUAAAUUUUUAUGCUCAACUCAGCAUCAGGGACUUUGCUGUUGAUAUGUAUGUGAAGGAAGUAUGCCCUGAUAAUAUUCAAUCAACAGGGAAAGACCUGAGUUUAGUGUGGCUGUCAUAUGUCCCUUUCCAUGAUAUGAUGUCGACAAUGGCACGCACGGAAAGAAAUGUGAAAAGAACAAGGGUGAUGCCGCCUUAUUUGCCUACAAUCCGAGUUCAUUUUGUGCGUAUUAGCAAAGCUGUGAAAAGCUGCGGAGUCCACCUAGUAAUGCCACCAGGAUGAAGACCUCAGUAUAGAGGCAUGGGUAUGUCCAGGAAGAUACCAAUCGAUCAAUCCUCCAAAGGGAAAGGACAGUAGCAUUCAAAUGUGAUUGGGAUGAUAAGGAUUUGCAUCCUUCUUACAAGCUGUCAAUCUCAAGCCCGUGGGUAGAAUUCAGUGAUCUAUAUUUGUGAUUGUUGUGUUAAUUCCACAUGAUUAGUUUCUUAAGACUUCAAUUGAGUUUUGAGUGGUGGAUGUUGGAAUGGUUGAGUCUUGCUGUAUGCAAGAUAAGAUAAGAGGAGAGGAGACUGGUUUGCACCCUUUUGUUUCAGAGUAGAUGAUGUCCACUUGGAUAUACCGUAUAAAGUUAUACUUCCAGAGCACUAUUGUUUACAGCUUAGCAAUUGUGCCACAUGGAACUCCGAGUUUGUGAUCCCUUAGUGUUCUGGUGCUGCUAUUCCUGGUGGCUUACAUGGUCUUGCUUUUCUCUUCGUGCAGCUGCUCCAAUGGUUUCCUGGCUGUCUUUACUUUUUGCUGUUUGGUUUUGUAAAUGAUUUGUUACUGGUGUGGUGAUUCUACUGUCCUUCCUUCAGUUUGGGGUUGCUAGUAUUGCAGUCCCUAUGGGUUGGUCUCCCCUUGGUGCGCCACUGUUUUUGGCUAGUUGCUCUUCACAGUUCCUGUCUUUCGACCUGCUUUUAUGGUUAGUGCUGCCUUGCUGUAUUAUUAAAGUGUGUUGCUGGCCGUAGACUUUGUUCUUCCUGCAGCUGCGUUGUGUCUUUUUACAGCAGAACAGAUUGCUGUUUGGCUCAGCCUUAUUUUCUCCUUGGUGUUGCUGCAUUAGUUCUCCUAUUUGUUGUUGGUUAGGGCUUUGCAUGUUGCCUCAUGUUGGGGAGAGAAAGAAGGAAAUUAAUGAAGCUGUUGUUCCAGAAGAAAUUGAAAGCUCGUCCUUCAUUCGAUGUAGAUACUAAUGGACUUAAAGAAAGGCGGUGCAGUCAUCAACCCCAACAAUGCUGUCCAAGUUCAAGAGUUGUUUUCGCAACUACUGCUGUUGGUAUUACUUGCUGUUGUUGCAUGUGUUGUGCGUUAUAUGCGUUACGGGGUUAAUAAUUUACUUUAAUUUGAGUGUCACAUUUUUGUUGUGAAGGCAUGUAGACUGAAAACUAGAAUGUUUGUUUGGAUCCUGAGUAAAUGGACAAAAACUUUCCCGGAAAAUUUGGCAUAUUUAUAUUGGAUAUGAUGUAGAAACAA